UAAAAAAUAAGUAAUUGCAACGAAAUGAAAUAGUGUCGUGUGGCAGUGUGAAUUGUUGUAUUGUUAUAAUUUUAACACAAUACAAUAAAAAGAAUUUGUGAUGUCGGAGCAUGUACUACCGGCGGAAGAGCCGAUUAAGUUUAAAGCACCAUUAAUUCAAGAUAAUCCCACGGGAUGGGGUCCAUGCGAGAUGCCGGACCAAUUUCGGGAUAUGCCUUACCAACCCUUUAGCAAAGGUGAUAGGUUGGGAAAAGUUAGUGACUGGACUGUUGUACAGGAUAAAAAAUACCAGAAUAAGUAUGCAUCGCAGUUUGGCGCAGGAUCGUCGUACGCAUACUUCCAUGAUGAGGAUGAGAGUACUUUCCACUUGGUGGACACUACCAGGGAGCAAAAGGCCCCAUAUCAGCGCGGACGAGCUCGAGGUCAGCGAGGCCGUGGCGCUCGAGGGGCGAGAACUCCUGGAGGAAUGACCACGUUGAAUAAGCAAAGAGAUAGAAAAUUGGGUAAGAGAUGGGGUCAAAGAGGUGCUCCUAUGAAAAUCCGUGAUGCAUCUGUGACUGUAAGACCAACAUGGGUCACUAUUGAAGACAUGGAUUUCCCUCGUUUGGCAAAGCUCUCUCUGCCAGGUAUUAAGGAAGGUGAGGAUAUUGCUUGUUGUGGUACUUUGGAGUACUAUGACAAGGGUUACGACCGAGUUAAUGUGAAACAUGAGAAAGCAUUGCAGCGCAUUGACAGAAUCUUCCAUACAGUGACUACAACUGACGACCCAGUAAUCCGUCGCCUGAGUAAGACAGCGGGCACUGUUUACGCAACUGAUGCAAUUCUAGCUACAAUUAUGUGCUGCACUCGCUCCAACUACUCUUGGGAUAUUGUUAUUGAGAAGAUUGGUGAUAAGCUGUUCUUUGACAAGAGAGACAAUACAGAGUUUGAUCUGUUGACUGUUAAUGAGACAUCUGUGGAGCCUCCAACAGAUGAUGGCAACUCCAUCAACUCUCCACGCAACCUUGCCCUUGAGGCUACAUUCAUCAAUCAUAACUUCAGCCAGCAGGUGUUGAAAUCUGGACCCACUGAGCCUAAAUACAAGUUCUCCGAACCAAACCCGUUUGUGUCAGAGGAGGAAGAUGGAGAGGUCGCUUCCGUAGGUUACCGGUACCGGAAGUGGAACCUCAACAAUGGUGUGGUCCUGAUAGCUCGGUGUGAGCAUGACGCUGUGCUACAAGGCCCGCAGAACGAGACCCAGUUCUUGACAAUCAAGGCCCUCAAUGAGUGGGACUCGAAGCUCGCUAAUGGAGUGGAGUGGAGGCAGAAGUUGGACACCCAGCGAGGAGCUGUGCUAGCCAAUGAGCUGAGGAAUAACUCCUGCAAACUUGCUAAGUGGACUGUUCAGGCGCUGCUGGCGGGGUCUGACCAGAUCAAGUUCGGCUACGUGUCGCGCGCGCAAGUCCGCGACAACUCGCGCCACGUGAUCCUCGGCACGCAGCAGUUCAAGCCCCACGAGUUCGCGGCGCAGAUCAACCUGUCAAUGGACAACGCGUGGGGCAUCCUGCGGUGCAUCAUCGACAUCUGCAUGAAGCAGAAGGAUGGUAAAUACUUGAUAAUGAAGGACCCCAACAAGCCGUUGAUUCGUCUGUACGACAUUCCCGACAACACGUUCGAGUCGGACGCUUCCGAAGAAAGUGGCGACGAGCCCGCCGACACACCCUUUGCUCCUCUGUACUCUUACGGCAACAACAAAAGAAUUUAGUUGUCUGUGCGCAUCCAUUUUCAUUUAACAAUACUGUAGUAUUCUAACAGAUAUGUUUUAUAUUCAUAUAUACUGGAUAAUAAAUCGUUUUGGUCACA